UGCCUAUUUAUGUUUAUAGAAAACCCGUAUUUCAAGUGUUUUCUUCUUGAUUUUUAUUGAAUACUCAGUGGUAUUGACCAAAUUUGCCCGGAUUUUGGGUUGAAAUCCAAUGCCCAGAUUAUGAUAGGUUUUUAGAUAAAAUUGCGACUUUUUAUUUCCAGUUCAAGUUUAAACAAUCAGAAAGUUUAAGUUAAAAUUUGAUGUUAAAUUUUCGAAUUUGAUUCAAAAUUUUUUUUAUUUUAUCAAUUCUACAACAGUUCAAUAUUUUAACUUUUGGUCCAGGAUGAGAAUGAUUUACAAGCAUUUAAGUCUCUUGAGAAAAAAAAACUAAACGUAAUUGAAAUUGACUCAAAAGCGUAUUUUUCAUUUGAAAUUACACAUUACUAUUUUUUAGAACAAAGUGCUUAGUAACAAAAAUAGAGAAGCUGACAAUAUUAUUUUAGCUUACCCAUUUUCAUAUAGACCGAUCAUUUGCCGUUGUAAGCCAUGAAUAACGCCUCGGCGUUAAAAUCCCGGAAAAAACUUCUUUUCUAAUCAUACUUUCAAACUUUUUCUCCUACAACCCUUGAAACGCGCAGUGCUUAACCGAUGACGACUUCUACCUGAGAGAGGGAAUGGCUGACGGCGGUGGUGUUCAGAAUGCCGUCCGGCGACCCAGUGAACCAGCCCAGAAGGAAAGUUCACCGGAACUGGCCCCAGACGAGGAGGAAGAGGAAGAAGAGGAGGAAGACGAGGAAAAGAAGGCCGAAAAGGCGGCCAAACGGUUAAACCGGGAGGUCAACAUGCUGCAGGCCCGGCUAAUCCGGCUCAAGGAGAAGGAAGAGGAGAAGCACGCCGAACGGCAGGCCCUGAAGUACGCCAUGAAAACCAACCAGUAUGCACUGAAGAAUGAACACAAAAAGUACAAACAACUGCAAAAGGAGGUGGAAAAGAUGGCUGCCCUCAUGAAGAUGGAGGACGAGGAUGAGGAAUCGGACGAACAGAAAGAACCUCCACCGGAAGAACCCGAAGAAGAGGAACCUGAAGAGGAAUCCGAAGAGGAAAGCGAAUCGGAAUCAGAAUCUGAGAGCGACAACGAAAGCGUCAAUGAAGCGGAGGACGCACCAGAUGAGAAGAAAAAACUCAACCUGGAACCGAGAGUCAAGCGACACGAGAACCGGCUAGCGUCGCUCAAGAAGGGCAACUACUUCCUGCAGGCCAACGUCGAUAGGAUUAAGGAUGAGAUUAACAAAACGCGAGAAAUGUGCUGCACACUGCAGUCGGAUCUGGAUUCCGUUAUAGCGGAUUUGGGAUAGGAUUUCUCUAGGAGUGUGCCAUCGAUAUAAUAUAAAAAAAUGUGUUAAAAAAAAUUGGAAAUCAUUCGAAGCUUUUGCUGAAAUGAUUAUAAUCGCUAUAUUUCACUGUUGAAAGAUAAAUAAUGAAAAAUGUUUAUAUCGUACAGCUACAGCUACAGCUUAUCAAAAAUUAUGUUCGGUCUUACGAAAGACUGUAUAGCUUAUUGAUAACUAGGCAAAUUUAAAAUAUUGUCUCGAAAGUUGGAAGCACACUUUCUAUACUGUUGGAUUGCAGCAAGAACACGAGAUUUUUAAAUCUAGAGUCAGAAAAUAAAGGAAACCGAAAGCUAGCAAAUUGCAGCCCCUCAAUGAGUAUUGUUUUUGAUCACUGUAUUUUUGUAUAAUAAAAUCAAUGAAUGCAACCUA